AUGCCAGAUUAUGCGGGUGUCCCGGAUUUUAGUGACUAUAUCAAUUUGGCGGAUCCUCACAACCCACGGACACGCAAGGAUGACUCGGCCAUGCCGGAUUAUAAUUCUUAUGGAACCGGCAAGGGCGGAGCUUGUGCCACCGUCUGGGGUGACUUGCCGUCCUAUUGGUGCAGCAAUGUCUCGGCCGGUGGAUGGGCGUUUGUCGACAAGGCAGCAGCCAAAGCAGGACGAUUGAAUCUCCCCGCCGGGCUCUUGUUGGCAUCCAAUAGUUCCUUUCAACGACGUGUCGAACAAUUGUGGAAUAACCAGCAAGCCCGUGGUGCCAUAUUUCAUAUCGCGCAUUCCCAGGGGUGGGCGUGGCACAUGUUUAAUGUGUCGCAUAUUAUUAAUGAUGACACCAACAGUACGAUUGCCUUUGACGCGGGAGGCUGGCAGGGUGGAAGGAACUGGCAGUGCCAUAACAACAAGGGGUUGACCGAUUGCAAUGGAGCCAAUUCCGACGACAAACAACUUCAUGGUGGUCCGUGGUAUGUGGAAGGUGUCAAAGAGGAACUCGAUGCACCAGGCGAAUUCUACUGGGAUGCCGCGUCGCGAAAGCUCUACUUUUAUCCUCCCAACAACAACUGUGAUGACAAUAAUAAUAAGGGGACGUGUCAACCACCCGAUUUGAUUGCCUCCAAUCUAAAGACUCUCUUCAAGAUUGAAGGGACACAAGAAAAUCCCGUCCGGAACAUCAAAUUUGAAGGGAUCCGACUUCGAGAUGCUGCCAAAACCAUCAUGGAACAAUGGGCAGCACCCAGUGGUGGUGACUGGGCGUUGUAUCGCGGUGGCGCCAUUCACAUGGAAGGAACUGAAAACAUUACCAUAUCCGAUUGCCAAUUUCGACGCUUGGACGGCAAUGCCAUCAUGUUCGGUGGGUACAACCGUCACGCACACGUUACACGCUCUGACUUUUCCUGGUUGGGAGAAGGUGCCAUGGCCACUUGGGGUGACACCAAUGGGUAUGAUGCCACGGGUGGUGCCCAGACGCGCAUGAGUAUCAUUGAACACAACGUCAUGUCCAAUCUGGGACUGUAUCAAAAGCAAAGCUCUGCGUGGGGGCAAAACAAGGCGUGCCAGAACAUUAUUCGUAACAAUGUCAUGUUCAACUUGCCUAGAGCAGCAAUCAACUUUAACGAUGGUCUUGGCGGUGGCAAUCUUGUGGAGGGCAACGUGAUUUUCAAUGCAUGUCGAGAAAGUGGUGAUCAUGGGCCAAUCAACAGUUGGGACAGGAUGCCGUUCUUGUCAGAAACGACAGGAGUUCCCUCUUUCUCGCCACUCCCUACAGAGACACGGCACAAUCUCAUUUGGGCGAACUAUGGAGCAGCAGAGGGAUUUGACAAUGAUGAUGGCAGCAGCUAUUACUACACACACCACAAUGCCUAUUAUGAAAGUGACGGGUUCAAGAUGGACUAUGGUGGUCAUUCAAGCAACUUUACCAACAAUCUUGUCUUUAGUAAUGGGAGAAAGAAGUGCUACGGCACUGCCUCCUUCAAAGAGGGCCAAGGAGAUCUAUUCGCCAACAACACAUGCAUUGUUGCGAGACAAAACAACGAUCCCCCAAAGCUGGGGCACAUGUUCCAAUGUGCCCUUUAUGGCAUGAAGCCCACCUUCAAUCGAUACUUCACAAACACAGGCAAUGGCACGUUCGCAUGCGGCAAUCAGCAGGCACUCACACUACAAGCCAUCCAGCAACAGGGAUAUGAAGUUGGAUCCACAUUGAACCCCAUGCCACCAGCGACCACCAUUCUUGCUUGGGCCAGAGAUAUUCUGAAAACAACUGCAAACCAUCAAAUCAAAAGAACGAAGGACGACGCCUCCUACUAG